GUCAAGAGUUAGGGUCGGCAGUGAAGGUUUACAACUGAAGGUAGGCGUCCUAAAUUUAAGGCACGAACAUGAUAUUUAACCAAAGAUGUGGCCGCCCAUUGGUCGUAUUUAUCCUGUUGUUCAUUGGCUGUGUAGUUUCACAAGAUGAGGAUUUGUCAAAACUAUUAAAAAAAUAUGAAAGACAAGCAGAAGACUUAUCAAGAAAACAUCUGGAAGCAUUUGGACUGCAGCCAAACCAGAAACACCGAGCUAAGAGGGAAUUACCAGAGACACUAACAACCAUCUCAGAAGAUUUAUCAGUUUUAAUAAAUGUAACUGGAUUGAGCAAUAACUUGAGGAUCACCCAUCCGACACAUCUCAAAGUGUUUUCUUCAAAUGGUAUAUUUUAUUUGGUUGUUGCUGGAACUGAUGACAAUAGCUUAGUAACAAAGGUCUUCAGACACAAUACGAGUACAUCGGAUUAUGAUGAACUUCAGAUAUUGAACACACCUACUCUGACAGACAUUGCAGUGUUUUCUAUGGAUGAUGGUAGCUCAUAUAUGGUAUUGACAGAAAUUACAGCUUGUAGAUUUGUAGCUCUGUGUACAGUUUUAUACAAGUUCAACAAGGACAUUCAAGUGUUUGAACCUGAGCAGGAAAUACCAUCAAAUGGAGCGAUUUUACUUGAAACAUUUGUACUUGAUUCAGUAUGGUGUCUAGUCAUUAUCAACGAACAACUAAUUAAUUCGACAGAUCAGGGCGUAGCUUAUGAAUGGAAAGGGUCAUAUUUUGAUGAAGUCUGCAAAUUUCCUGUCAACCUGUACAUUGUUGACGUCUGUGCCUUCACGAUUCACAACCUGAAGUUCAUUGCUGCCGCCAGCAAUCGGCUCUACCACAGACGCGUCUCAGAAAUCUUUGUGUACAGUCACAUCGCCGAGGAUUUCAUUCACUAUCAAUAUAUAUACGUAGAGGGCGCCCUUGACUUUGAAUUCUUUUCAUUUGGCGAGGGAAUUGAACAGGAAUUCUUUCUUGCUCUCGCAGUCAAUAGGCUGAAAUUGGAUGAUGAAAAAUCUAUUAUUUACAAGUAUUACAAAGGCGAGUUUAGAAUAUUUCAGUAUGUUGAAGCCAACCAAGCCGAGAAGUGGCAUACAAUCCGAACGCCAGAUGGCCGAUUUCAGCUUCUCGUCUUAUCCAGUGGCGUGACGGCAAGGUACUUCUACUACGAUGGUUGGUGCUUCCGGGAGACAACUUACCAGCCAUAUUGGGAUACCAUUCCAGCCGGUGUAAGAGAUUUAUGUUCGCAUACCGUCGACGGUGUCGCAUAUCUAAGUGUCGCUGGAUUUCAAACUGAUCCCGAUGCCACCAAUAUUUAUAUGUUUACGUUUGAGCAACAGAACCCGGUGCAAGAAUUGCAUGACCGGGCGACAGCCGCCAUUGAAGUGGCGAAACAGCUUGUGAAUGACACCGAUGCGUUAAUUGCUAAAGUUGAGAGUGAACUGGAUAACUUAGUGGCAUUGAAUUCUCCAGAAGAACAAGUUAUUACCGCAAGGAAAGUCUUCAGUGCUGAUGUCAAUACAAUUGGUUCAUUAAAUGCAAGUGCAUUGCAUGGGGACAGUGGGUCUAUUUUCAGUGAAAUUGAUGGACUGAUAAUUGCAGAGCUAGCCGAAAAUACAACCCGCCGAUGGCCUGAAAUUGAAGCUAUAAUUGGACGGUUGCAAAACUUCGUAACAUUGUCUGGUGAUAAUCAAGUUGUAACAGGUGAAAAAUCUUUUGAUGCAAUAUCUGCGGCCACAGUUGUUAGUAGUUCCAUCACUGUCGAGUCCAAUCUCAUAAAUUCUCACAUCAAUCUCACUGAACUUGACCAAAAUCUUGUACUAACCGACAAGCCUGUGAUCAUAGAUAUACCACUGACGAUAGCUGGCGAUCUGGUGGUUCUUGAAAACCUUGACAUUGAUGGUCUUAUAAAUGGAGUUGAUGUGGAUAAUCUUGUUUUGAAAAAUGGAAGCAACAUUAUUUAUGGGAAGAAAACAUUCAGAAAUGGCCUGAAUAUUAUAGGCGACUUGCAAGUUAGAGGGGAUAUUGAUGGUGUUGCCGUAAACGAAGACAAUAUAUUCUUACGGGAUGGUGAGCAACAUUUUAGUGGCCACCUAAUCAUUGAAGGUGAUGUCCGAUUUAAUGAAGACGUCCGGGUUGACACUCUGAAUGGUAUUGAUCUUUAUGACCUACAAGAGAACGCCGUCUAUAAGGCUUACAGGAAUCAAACUAUUAUUUUCACUGAUUAUAAAGACUUCCUCGGAAAUGCAACUGCAGAGGGUGAUGUAAGCAUUUGGGGGAACCACACGAUAGAUGGUGUCAACAUUCGAGAAUUUGAGGCAACAACUAUGCAGCCAGAUGUUGAGUACAAUAUGACAGGUAAACUGACUGUUCAAGGUAAUGUAACGGUAGAAGGAAACAUGUUUGUAAAUGGGACCAUUGAUGGGCUUAGAAUCCCAGAGGAUGUCGUGUUAGUGAAUAGCUCCGAGACACAAGUCCUUUCAGGCAAAUUGAAUUUCUCAUCCGAUGUAAUCGUUGACGUAAUGCACGUCUUGAAAAGUAUUGAUGGCAUACGCUCUAACUUGGGUGAAAAUGAGGAUGAGCUAGAUAUCCUUCUCACUACUGGUGGUCAAACUGUCCUUGGUCACUUGACUUUUGCGAAUGACGUGCACAUUGUUGGUAACGUAACUGUUGAUAAUACGCUUGGCGGUGUAGAUGUUGACUUCCUGAACAAAGUGGUUACCAAGGAUACAGUACAGACCAUAUAUGGUGAGAAGACAUUCCUCAAUCCUGUAACAAUUGAGGGAAAUUUAACUGUUGGCUUGAUCAACGAUAUUGACAUUGUGGAUUUGAAUGAACGCGCUGUGAGGGCUGAUGAUGAUGUCAUUGCGACCUUGGGUCAGAUUAUUUUCCUAGGUGAAGUUGAGAUUCUUGGCAAUUUAACAACCAACGGUUUACACAGCUUCAAUGGCAAGACAUUGAGCGAUCUUGUCCUCCUUGACGAAGACCAAGUUAUAAAUGGCGAAAAGUACUUCCUAACGGACACCCACACAAAGGACAAUGUCAACGUAGAUGGUCUAAUUAAUGGCAUUGACCUUUCUGAAUUAUAUGCAAAUAGUGCGGUUGUGAUGAACGCCUCAGGAACUGUUCACAUGGAAGGCGACUACACGUUCGCUGAUGACCUUUAUAUAUAUGGCAAUGUUACUGCUCCACCAGAGGUUAAUGGUAUUCUUUUGACUGACAUUGUUACGACGACAGGAUCACACACGAUCACAUCAAACAUUACCUUCCUUGGCGAUCAGACUGUUGAAGAGCUUGUGAUCUUAGGAGACCUUUGGGUCGAAGGACUUGUAGAUGGCGUUGACAUCAAUGACCUUGAUGAAAACACGCUUAAGAUAUACGGUGACCAAGUUGUUACUGGAGAGAAACAUUUCACACAAAAUCUCACCAUCCUUGGUAACCUUUCUGUGUCUGGAUUAAUAAACAACGUGGACAUAGUGGACUUGGCUAAUGAUGCCGUAUACAAAACUGGGUACCAUGAGAUUUCAGGAGAAAAAACUUUCUUGAACCUUGUUCAUCUUUACAGCCUCAAUGUGACAGGCCUCAUAAAUGGUAUUGAUCUGGAUGAGUUCAGUAGAUCAGUGAUGCUUCAAGGUGCUGAUCAAGUAAUUACUGCUCCUACGAUACGAUUCGCUGAGGAUGUGACCAUCGACAAUGACCUUAAUGUUACGGGAUUGGUCAAUAACCUGGAUAUUGAAUAUUUGGAUUCGGUCGCUAUCAGAAUCACAGAUGGUGUAAUUCCAGUGGAAAUGCAUUUUGAACAUCUUCAUGUUGAAAGCUGUGGCAUCAAUGUCACUGGUUUGGUUGACGGCAUUGAUCUUAGUGAGGAAGCAAUCCUGAUUGAUAAACCAGGUCAGGUGAUAUCGGGUCAAAAAACGUUUGAAAACACGGUGACUGUUGGUGGCGAUAUUGAUAUAGACGUCAUCAACUCAAUAAAUCUGACAGAACUGCUGAGAACGACUGUUUUAUACGAUUCGGACCAAGUCAUCACAGCAACGAAACACAUCAUUGGUGACAUGUUUGUGGAUGGCAACAUGACUGUCGAUGGGUUUUUUAAUUCGUACAAGAUUGACUAUUUGAAUGAGCAUCUGCUACAGCGCGAUGAAGAGUUAAUUGUAUUCACUGCCAAUGUUACCGUAGAAACACUUGAAGUAUACAAUGAUGUGAAAACACUUUCUUCCUUAUUCUGUGGUCAAAAUCUGACCGACAUCAGGCAGUCGUACCUGAGUAAGACAUUGCCGCAGACCGUCUCAGCAUCCAUUCACUUCGCAGAUUUAGAGGUCAAUGAUGACCAGUUCCUUGAUAAUGACAUCCUGGUGGCCAAUAGUGAAGAGGUCAUAGGUCACUAUGUGAAUGAUAUUGACCUGUCCUUUAUGAGCAGCUUGACCGAGGAGGGCGAGACCAUCCAGGCAGUAAACGGCAGUGUAACCUUUUUGAAGGGUUUUGCUACAGGUAACAUAACUGUACUCGGCACAAUCAAUGGGAUUAGCCUACCUAACGAUGCGAUGUUGGUUGCUGGCAACAAUGUUGUCACUGGAGAGAAGACGUUUGUUGACUUUGUUAUUAUAAAUGGCGACCUCAUUAUGGCUGAAAAUGCAACGAUCGCAGGAACAGAUAUUUCAGCCUGGGCUGAGACAGUAGUCUAUGCGAACCAACCAUUAAUGCAAACAGUCCCUCUCAACUUCAAUGAUGAUCUUGUUUUUAAUGAUGAUUUGAGUGUUAUGGGAUUAAUCAAUGGUGUGUUUUUGGACAGUAGCACUAUUCUUCUGACCACACUGGACCAGACUAUAACAGGAAGUAUGACUUUCACUAAUAUAUCAUUUGAAGACAUCUGGCUUGGUGGCCUACUCAAUGGAUUAGAUGUUGAUGAACUAUACAAUAACACGUUAUACGACGUGGGAGACCAGGAAAUAGCCGGCAUGUACUUUGACGGUACACCAACAUUCACUAACAUCACGCUUGGCGGUCUUAUUGAUGACGUUGACUUGUUGAACUUGCUAGAGAACCUUGAGCAUAUGGUGCAGUUUGACCAGUUCAAUGAAAGUCUUGAGGAAAGGUGCCAAGCUAUCAAUGAGUUGCAUGAGGCUCAGGAGAAUAGUGCAGUGCUGAUUGGCUGCUCCGAAAUAUUGACCACCAUCUCAACGACGGGUCACGUCAGCUGGGAUUCAUUCGUCAUCGACGACGAGCAAUGGUUAAUGAUGGGAACCACGGGAAACGGGUCAAGUAGCUGCAAUCCAACAAUACUCUACAAGUAUAACAACACCUUAGAAAACUAUGUUGAACAAAUGGUGUUGUAUCCUUCCAGAGCAGAUGAUGUGAGUUCGUUCACGUUUAUGAGUCUGUCAUUGCUUGUAAUAGCGAGUCAGGGAGAUUACUUAGAGGACUGCUCAUUUGAAAUAACUAUGUAUGUUCCUCCAAUCAAUGCUCCAAACGCUUCCGGCUCUAUCUCAGUCUUGCUGCUUUCUGCCGACACUGUCUCCCACUAUCAGAAAAUUGACAUCGACAAUCCGCAGGAUGUUGAAGUUUUUGAGAAUCCGUUGACAGGUGACAUUUGCAUGACGGUGGUGGAGGCAACAGUAUUUACAAGUCAUGGCUUCACUGCAAACACCUUUGCUAGUGUGUUCUGUAUAAACAAUACAGAUUUGGGCUUUGUCCUUGUAACAACCAUUCCAACCCGAGGUGCAGUUAAGGUAAGGCAUUACCUUGUGGAUGGGGUGCUUCACCUUGCGAUAGCCAAUUUCGUCGACACUUCACUAUCCUCCGUGGACACCUACUCAGAAAUCUGGAUCCAGUCUGGUGCCAACUCUUUCACGGAAGCAGCGGAAGCAAGGUCAUUGGCAGCUCGGGAUAUUCUGAUGAUGGAGAUUUAUGAUUAUUACUAUGUUGUCAUUGCCAAUGGUUUCCAGGGAACUCUGACGAAUGCGGAUUAUGAUGUUCCAGUUCAAGUUUAUCAGCUCCAGCUUUGAAACAGAAAGAUGUUCUUAGGAUACUACAGUUGGCAGACUUACAAAUAAUGAUGACAAAGAAAUUUGUCUGUAGGAAAAACCGUCCAAAAUUAAUAUACAGCUUUUUCACUUCAAAUCUAUAUAUUUUGACACAGAUAUUAUUUUGAAAAUCUAUAAAAAAAAAAAUUAUUGUGGCAAUUGUUUAUAUAAAUUUAAUAAAUAGAAAAUUAUAUAUAUUGUAUUACUAUUGAAAUUAUAAAAAUGCAAUACAUAAUUCACUUGUACAGUGCAGAUUCUAUGUGUAUUUUUGUAUUCACUACUACCAAAUAUAUUAUUCUUCAAUGUAAACAAAAUUAUGUGGUAGAAAUUAAAAAUACGAACCUGUUUUUUUCCCUUUUUUUUUUUUUUUGCUUUUUAUGAUUUGUAUAAUGAUUACUUGUAACUAAGAUUAAUAUCUAUAGUAUUUCAUUCAGAUUAAGCUCAAGUGUGGUUAUUAAGAUGCUUACUUCAGAAACCCCAGGAUCUUUAGUUCAAUUUCCAUAAAAAACGACAGUUUUAAUUCACCUAAAACUACCAAAUGUUAAAUGGCAACAUUUUUUAAAAAUUCCUUCAUCUCAUAUCCCAUUGCUUUUUCUACCCUGUAGUCUUUAUCUAUUUGUUUUGAUCGUUUAGUUUAUAAACAUAGAUAUUUAUCCAAAUUCAAUUCUUCCUGAAGUGAAAGCAUUUCAGUGCAAUGGUAAACUUGAAGGUGGUUCACACAAAGCAACUGAUAAUCAUGCUUGGGAAAAAUUUGCUAGGAUUACAAGCCAGGUACUGUAACAAUAUCAGAUUUUUGUCUGUUUUACAGAUAUCUGAUGAGACUUUCUUAGUCAUAGUUGGGCCCUGUCCAGACUAUAAAAUUUUAUUUGACAACAACAUGCAACAUGCCUAAAUAUGGUCAUGAUGACAUCACAUCGUCGCCAUAUAUAGGCACAUCAUGACUAUAUAUGGCCAUUUAACUGUUUUUUGUCAAAAAGAAAAUUUGAUAGUAUGGACACAGAGCUUUAGUUAUUUGAUUGGAAUAAUGUCUGAUGUAUUGUUUCAUUAAACAAUGUAAUGUUGUCUGACAAACAUCCUUUUCACAUUGUUGUUCUUAUUCAUGUGAAGAGACCAUGUGUGAUAAACAUUAAAUACUGAAGCCCUGUGUACACUGGAGGUUUUAUGUGGCAAACUUGUGCAAUUUUAUGAUUGGCCAUACAUGGGCGUGAUAAUGUCCAUACCCAUAUAUGGAUUAAUCACAGGUAUUUGUCACUCAAUAUUUGACAAUGUGAACGGAGCUUAAAGCUGGGUAUGCACUGUCAGAUUUUUGUAUGUCAGACUUUGAUAUCUGAUCACUCAAAAUCAUGUUGAUAACAAUGAUUGUGUAACUGUAAAGCAUGUUCAGACUAUACAAUUAAUGUGGUCAUGAUGAUAUCACACCAUGACCAUAUAUAGACACAUGAUGACUAUAUAUGGUCACAUAAUGACUAUAUAUGGGCACACAACAGUUACAUUGUGAAAGAAAAUUUGAUAGCGUGGAUAGAGCUAAAAAAAAUGUGACAUGCCGUAAUAUGAUCACAUGAUGACAUCACACCAUGACCAUAUAUAGACACAUGAUGACUAUAUAUGGGCAUACAGCAGUUGAUAGAAUUCUAGCUGUAAAUGUUUGACCACCUCCAGGUGUAAUGGUUAGUGUAUCACAGUGCAAUAAUAUUAUCAUGUGAAAUGAAAUUACUUGCCUUAAUUAAAUGCGUUAAUUAAAAAUUAUAUUUUUAUGACAGUUGUUUGAAUUUAUAUCCCUACUGGUAAAAUUAUUCUCUUGGCAGUCACUAACCUUAUCCAUGGUUUUUUCUCAUCGUCUAUUCUGCUGUUUACAUGUAUUUGCCAAUGUAAAUUAAAUAAUAUAAUUGAAAUAAAUAAAUAAAAUAUUUAUAUACAGUAAACUAUAUUUAAUGUCAAGUAUAUUUAUACGAUAUUUUCCACAAUGCUGCAAUACUGUAUAUUUAUUACAUAGUAAAUUAAGCAAAUGCUAUUUCAUACUUAAUGUGUACUUUAUAUACUUACAUGUGCUUAUUAUAUUGUUAAUUUAUUUUUUUGUGAUAUUAAAUAUUUAAUUUCUAUUAUCUUGCCACGAGGGUCUAAAUGAUCACUUCCUUUAAGAUACAUCGCCCUCCGAAAAUAUAAUGAAUAAAAAAUAGUUA